AUGCUCCGGCACCCCAGCCCCAGCUCCCUGGCUGUGCGGAGACCCCUGAAUCCUCAGCCUGGACUGGCUGCUUGGGGUCCCGUAGUGCCUGUGGCCAGAGCAGGGCAGAAAGGGCUCUGCGGCCCGCCCCCCAAGCCUCCCGGGGCAGCACGUGUGGGGCGGGGCUGUGACCGGAGCACGGAGCUGAUUGGCCGCCGGCCUGGUGGGCGGGUCCGGGCCGCAGCUGUCAGAGCGCAGCUUCGGGUUGAACAGUGGCAGCGCCGCAGCCCGGGCAUAGGAGCGGAGGGGCCGGGCCGGGAUGGUGCAGCGGCGGCUCGGCGGCGCACUGGUGGCUGCUGCGGAGCGCGGAGCGCAGGCGGCACUGGAGUUGCGACUGCAGACGAUGAGGUGCAGACACUGUCGGGCAGCGUGAGGCGGGCCCCGCCCGGGCCCCCUGGAACCCCGGGCACCCCGGGCUGCGCAGCUGCUGCCAAGGGCCCCGGCGCGCAGCCGCCCAAACCGGCCAGCUUGGGCCGCGGGCGGGGGGCAGCAGCUGCCAUCCUCAGCUUGGGCAACGUGCUCAAUUACCUGGACAGGUACACCGUGGCAGGCGUCCUUCUGGACAUCCAGCAGCACUUUGGGGUCAAGGACCGAGGUGCUGGCCUGCUGCAGUCAGUGUUCAUCUGCAGCUUCAUGGUAGCUGCCCCCAUCUUCGGUUACCUGGGCGACCGCUUCAACAGGAAGGUGAUUCUUAGUUGCGGCAUCUUCUUCUGGUCGGCGGUCACUUUCUCCAGUUCCUUCAUCCCCCAGCAGUACUUCUGGCUGCUCGUGCUGUCCCGAGGGCUGGUGGGUAUCGGGGAGGCCAGCUACUCCACCAUCGCACCCACCAUCAUUGGCGACCUCUUCACCAAGAACACACGCACGCUCAUGCUCUCGGUCUUCUACUUUGCCAUCCCGCUGGGCAGUGGCCUGGGCUACAUCACUGGAUCCAGCGUGAAGCAGGCAGCUGGGGACUGGCACUGGGCCUUGCGGGUGUCCCCAGUCCUGGGCAUGAUCACAGGAACACUCAUCCUUGUCCUGGUGCCGGCCACUAAGAGAGGGCACGCAGACCAGCUCGGCGGGCAACUCAAAGCACGGACCUCGUGGCUCCGAGACAUGAAGGCCUUGAUCCGAAAUCGCAGCUACGUCUUCUCCUCUCUGGCCACGUCGGCUGUGUCCUUUGCCACAGGGGCCCUGGGCAUGUGGAUCCCCCUCUACCUGCAUCGCGCCCAAGUCGUGCAGAAGACGGCAGAGACAUGCAGCAGCCCGCCCUGUGGGGCCAAAGACAGCCUCAUCUUUGGGGCCAUCACCUGCUUCACAGGCUUCCUGGGCGUGGUCACUGGGGCAGGAGCCACACGCUGGUGCCGCCUGCGGACGCAGCGGGCUGACCCUCUGGUGUGUGCAGUAGGCAUGCUGGGCUCCGCCAUCUUCAUCUGCCUCAUCUUCGUGGCCGCCAAGAGCAGUAUCGUGGGGGCCUAUAUCUGUAUCUUUGUGGGGGAGACACUGCUCUUUUCUAACUGGGCCAUCACGGCGGACAUCCUCAUGUAUGUGGUCAUCCCCACCCGCCGGGCCACCGCUGUGGCCUUGCAGAGCUUCACCUCCCACCUGCUGGGGGAUGCUGGGAGUCCCUACCUCAUCGGCUUUAUCUCAGACCUGAUCCGUCAGAGCACCAAGGACUCCCCGCUCUGGGAGUUUCUGAGCCUGGGCUAUGCCCUCAUGCUCUGCCCGUUCGUGGUGGUCCUGGGUGGCAUGUUCUUCCUCGCCACCGCUCUCUUCUUCCUCAGCGACCGUGCCAAGGCUGAGCAGCAGGUGAACCAACUGGUGGUGCCGCCCGCAUCCGUGAAAGUCUGA